CCCGGGGGUCCCGGGAGACUUUCCCUUGGGAAUCCCGGCACCCGGCAGCGCGGGGCACCCCGGGGUGCGCCGCCUCCUCGGUGUCGUUGCCGCGAUUUCUUAUCUUUUUGGUUCAUUGCUGGUUUUUUUUGCAGCCGCGGGAAGGCUUCUCGGGCAGAGAGGAAAGGAGCGGAAAAUCCCAAGCCGCGGAUCCCGCGGGAUCUGAGAGGCCAGAGCGGUGUGGGUUUGUCUCAGAAAACAGCCCCCAAAAUGCUCCCCAGCCAAAGCGGAGCUGGCGGGAGGCGGAAAUUCCAUCAGCAUCCGCUGCGCUCGCCGAAUUCCAUGAGCCAAGCGAGACCCGCGGGCGGUGGGAGCCGCUCCAUGGGAUAGAGCCCUCGUUGUCCGCCGGCAAUUUUGUGGCGCCCUGGGGCCGGCAGGGCCCUCCUGACGGCGUGAAAAAGCUCAGGGAUUGCCUUUCAGGAGAGAUCCCUGCGGACCUCCCCUGUUGGAAUGAAUGAAACAGCGACUUGUCUUCAUCUCUUAUCUAAAAACCCGCCCGCGGGUCCUGUUUCUGUGUCACUGCCGAGACAAUUGAGGGUUCGGGUGUAGCUGGGGUUUUCUGGCUGUUUUCCCGUGCGUUUGAGGCCAGUGGAAAGUCUCCACCGCGCCCAAAGCUGUGGUCGUGCAUCCCUCUUCAGUCCUGCCCGAGGAUUUGGGAUUGCUUCUUCCUGCCCUGAGGGUUGAUCUUGGUGCGCCGCUGCCGCUGAAUUUUUGUGGGUUUGUUGGAAAAUGAGAGCCCGAGGCUAGGUGUCCUCUUGCAGAAGAAGUUCUAUCCUAAUGGCCGUGGAUGUGGGAAAGUCCCUUUCUGAAGCCUCUCUGAGCGGGAAUGCCGAGGAUGAUGGUAGUUGGGACUGCACGGAGGUGGAGGUGGGCAGCCUGGAGCUGACGGACAGCCUGCACCGGCUCUCAGGGGCAGAGGAAGCCAAGCCCAGCCUGCAAGGGAUGGAUGUGACAAUGAGCAGACAUGGUCACUUGGCCACUGGUGUCACUCAGGGAGACUCCAGCUGCCACCCAGCAGUGUCUUCAGCAUCUGCACCCGGAUUUUUCAGAGCAAGAGCAAACCUUUCAGAGAAAGAGACGCUGAUUUGUCGAGGUGCUGCUGGUGAUGAUGUGCCUCCAAGUGUCAGCCACUGGUUCCUCUCCUCAGAAGAGCAGCAGGUGAAGCCAUCGGGCUGUUGGGAUCCGGCAUCCAGCCCUCCCAGCCGAGGCAGCUCUGCAGAGGAGAACAUCCUUCCUGACAGCUGCCACGACGCCCCUGUUGGCCAUCGGAGACAAAGUCUGGGAGCCCAGUCCUCAUCUCCCUCCACCCCAGAGCUCCUGCAGCCCCAAACCCCCCCCAGCCCAGGGAGCGCCCUGCGGAGCCGCUCCAUGUUGAGCCUCUCCGCUCUGUCUUCGGGAAAGAGCGGCCUCUCCAAGGAGCCGUCGGGAAGCUUGCCAACCAGCAUGGAUGUCCCUUCUCCAGCAGCCACCAUGGCCACUAUGGCCACCAGGGACGUGUGGUGCCGACAGGGAGCAGCAGAAGGCAGGGCCCUGCAGGUGCCUUUCCUCGAUUGCCGCACCACUGUGGAGCACAUCCGGGAGGUCUCCUCCUACCAGUCCGAUUACUGGGCCUGUGCCAUCCCGGAUUCCUUACCCCCAUCUCCAGACCGUUGCUCGCCCCACUGGAACCCCAACAAAGAAUAUGAGGACUUGCUGGAUUAUGCUUAUCCGCUGAAGCCGAGGUACAAGCUGGGAAGGAUGCCAGAGCCUGUCCUCCAUGACUCAGGAGUAGGCCUGGACAGCUUUUCUGCUUCUCCUGAGGGCACGCUGAGGUCCACCAGUAUCUAUGGCCCCCGAGGUGGGCAGGCUCAGAGAAGCAGAGAAAAUGGACAUUGGGAAUUGGUGGCCUCUGCAGAGAGAUUCUCCACCCCAGGGCCUGGAGAAAGCGGCUGCUCGGGAGCCGGAUUGUUCUAUGAACCUUCACCUAUUGCCAAAGCAUCCUUUGCAAGAAGUACUUCCUCUCGUCCUUCCAGAGGUUUUGCUAAGGAUGUAAGGAUGGAGUCAGGUGGGCCAAGUUCACCUGGGCACGCUGCUGUGGAUGGGAGGAGCUGGUGUUCCAGAGGGAGCCCUUUCCCAAACCUCACAGGGCAGGCGAAAAGCACUGCUAGGUUUUUACCUAUCACAGGUGUGCUCCCCCUGAGAAAGGAGUGGGAAGGGGAUGAAGAAUUUCUUUCCCUACCUCCAAGACUGCAGGAGCUGGAAAGACUGGCUCAUUUUCUGUCCAGUCUUUCCUUAACUGUAAGGACGCCCAGGCACGACCACCAUAACCUGCCACGUCACAGGCAGCCCCUUUCAUCUGGGCUGGCUCCUUUUGGAGAAGCGAGUGGCAGGGACAAAAGAGGGAACACUGAGAGUUAUGCUGGGCGGUGGCAGCCCUGCAGCUCUCGAAAGCCCAGCUGGGAAAACACAGAGUCGUGUGGCUGGAUCCAUAGGGAUCCCCUCCGGGGGCUUCAUCUACCGACCGGUCUCAGGGACACGUUGGAUGGGAUGUACCGAAAUGAACCACGGGUCAAGGGACAUCCAAUGAAGAGCCAGCAGAGCGAGUCCCUUGUCCAGUGUGUCAAGAUGUUUUGCUGCCAGCUGGAGGAGCUGAUCCGUUGGCUGUACGACGUGGCCGAUGUCACCGGCAGCUGGGUGCCCCCCUCGCCGGAUGCCGGGAGCGUGACAGCAUCGCUGCACCGCUACCUGGAGUUCAGGAAGGAUGUGGCCAACCACCGGAGCCUGACGGAGAGCGUGCUGGAGAGGGGAGAAGCUCUCCUGGACUGCAUGGCAUCAAAUUCCCCGGCUCUGAAAGACACGCUGGGUUUGAUUGCAAAGCAGUCAGAAGAGCUGGAAAGCCAUGCAGAGCACCUGUACAAGUCCAUUCUUGCUGCUGUGGGUCCUGUGCAGGGCAAGGACGAGGUGGAGGACGAGGGAGAUGCAGCAAAAAGCUGCCCCGUGGAUGAUGCUGCCUCUGUCAGACCUGGACUUCGUUAGCCCGUCUUGGGAGGGCUGAGAAGAACUGCAGCAAGCACCAAACCACCUCCAUCAGCACUUGCUGCAGAGAUGCCAAAAUGUGUUCAGUGAGCCCACCAGGGCUCGAGAAAGGUGUGUUGUACAGCAGGCGCUCUGCUGCUGGGACGUCUGGAGUCGUGUAAGGAAUGUACAGCUGGCCUUUUUCUGGUUUGUUUUUUUAACAUAGCUUUCCUUUCUUUAUUGAAGUGGCCUGUUCCAUGUGUUAGCAGAAUGUCAGGAACAGAGUUUUUUAACUGAGUAAUCCAUAGUGUUGCCAUGCAGCUCCCUGCCAAGUAAAGCCGUGUGAUUUUAAUA